UGUUGACAGUUGUAUCUAGGAGGUUCAAACAUUUUGUUUAAGCUAAGUUUUUCUUUUGAUCGAAGGUCCGUUGUGUUUUAUCAUGCUCUUAGAACAUAUUUGUUAUUUUUUUAACGACUGAAUUCAAACCAAGUCAUGGAUGAAGAUGAACGGCGAAGGAAAGUAGAAGCAGGGAGAGCCAAGCUUGCUAGUUUCAGACAGAAGCGGGCGAAAAGCAACGGCACGGGGGCGGCGAAAAAGACGCAGAAGAGGAAGGGUCAGACUGUCCAAAAGAAUGACGGCCCGGCGCAAGGCGGACCCAUAGAACCAGCCCCUCCAUCAGCCAAGGCCACAGAGCUGAACAGCCAGAGCAGCCAUGAGGAGGCCCAAAGGCCAGAGAAAUGUGAAGACGAGCAGAAGGAACAGCAGGAGGACCAGUCGCCCACCCCUGAGCGAAGCCCAUCUCCCGUGGAAGUUUUGGACCUGAGGGAAGAGGACCUAGCUACGCUCACUGGCAAAGAGCAGCUCAAGCAAUUGCAGCAAGCUGUGGAAAAGCGUAAUGAAAUCAUUGCCAAACUGAGCUCCAACCUGCAAGAGGCCCUGGCAAGCAGAGACCAGGUCCAGCUGGAGGCACAGACACUUGCUGGACAGAUUCAGGCGCUGCAGAAGCAGCUCCAGCAGACCAGUUUAGAGUUUCUACGCAUCAAAGGGGAAUCGGGGGCUGAAGUCCUUAAUUUACGGCAGCCUCCUCGUGGCCAGUCCCAGCAUGCAAACAUCAGUCAGAAUGAGGCUCCAUCAGAUGGCUCUCAGCCUAUUCCUGAAGGCUUCAUCAUGGACAAUGACUCAAAGACGGACUCUGCUCUGCACGAGCUUAGGCUGGAGCUAGAAGAAGAGAGGAAGAAUAGCCAGCGCAUAUGUGCAGAACUGGAGGAAGAGGUGGAGAAAAACCGACAUGUGCUUUACUUACUGGAGAAGGAGAGACAAGGGAUGGAAGAAGAGCGGAAAGAAAGGGAGGCUCAGCUGCAAAACCUUCAGACCCAACUGAGCCAAGUCCAGAGUCAGUGCCUUGCAAUGCAGCAGUACAAAGAGGAAAAAGAAAAACUAAACAGAGAAGUGUUGGAAUUGAGAAAGAGACUUCAGGGAGAGGAACCGGAGAGCAGAUUUAGAGAGGAGGUCGAAAGCUCUGCCCUACGUCUCCAGAGUCUGGAAGAGGAAAGGCAGCGGCAAGAGGAGGAGAUGAAGAAGCUCAAAGAGGAGCACAGAGAGGAGGUUGAGCAUGUCAGGCAACUGUUGGAUGAGAGGGAACAAGAGCUUAAGAAGAGGGAGGAAGAGGUUGAAGGACUUAAAGCUUCAAAGAACCGUCAGAAUCAGGCAAGAGCUGGCUUUAGCUCUGACGUGAUGGCUGCAGAUGAAGUGGGUCUAGAACGGGAACCUGAUCAUGCAAUUAUGAACACAUCAGCUUCUGGGGAUCUUCUGAUGGAACGUUAUUUGUCCUCAGCCCCCCUUGCAAACUUCCAGUCUUCAGUAUCAAAUGAAAGCCUUGAACACUGUGAGCAGCUGGAUGUAACUGCAGACUGCAGUUUUGAAUUAAAUAGCGAAGUGUUUGAAGAUCAGCCUCUACUGUCUAUUUCAAACCGUCUCCUCGAAGAAAAUGACAGUAUUCCAAACAUCACGGGCUCGCAGUGCUUUGGCCUAGAGGCAGGUGACUCCAGUCCUGGUCCUGGUUUUCUCUCCCAGUGGCCGCACAAGUCCGCCUCCGACGAAAUGGGGUUGAGUGGAAUGUCGGAGCAGCAGUUUGAGGAGACAAACUUGGAAAAAGAGCUGUUGAAUCAGCAGUGCGGGGAGCUCCGUGAGGAGUUGGCUCUUAAGGAGCGCGACUUGAAUGUGUUAAAGGAAGAAGUCAUGAAGAGUGCAGAAGAACUGGAAGAAGCGAGGAACAGGUGGGCCCAAGUUACAGAUGAGCUCAGGGAAGCUCUCUGGGAACUUGAGGAAGAGAGACAAAAGAGGAGACUUGUCGAGGAGAAGAUUAACUCGCAUCCCUGUGAGCAUUACAGCCUUGACGGUAAACAUAGUGCCUUAUUUGAAGAAGAGGAAAAGGAAAAUGCUGUCAUAUCGAUGGAACAAGAAGCUCAAAGCGUUGCCGGAACCUCCCAGCUCGUCUCUGAUCCGUUAGCAUUAGAAGAGGAGGAUAAAUUGACAGGAGAGCUAAAGGAGAUGAAAGAGGAAAAGGCUGCUCUCGCCUCUCCUAAAAAUCAGCAGGAGGUGCAGGUAUCAUCUCUGUGGGAGAUUAACUUGCCUGCUGGUGCUACCAAAGAAAGCCCAAAGCCUACUGAUGACAUCCAAUCACAAACAUUACAGGCUUCCUGUGAACAUCCCAAAUCAGAGUUUGAAGAGACAAAAGUGGACCAUAAAAACACAUCGAACUUGCUUAGUCAAAGGACAAUUGAGCUGGAGAGUGUAUUAAAAGAGCUUGAAACGGCACGCGCACAGCUUCUAAACGCCCAAACGGAAGUGGAGAGACUGCACAGAGACUUGUUGAAGAGCAGCGACAGUCUGGACUGUGCUGAAAAAGAGAAAACCGAACUGGAAUCUCAAAUGUCCUGUCUGAGACAAACCCUUGCCCAUUUGGAAGAGGCCCAGGCUCAAUCUGCGCAGCAGAGGGAGGACGACAGGAGAAAAGAACAACAGAUGGACGAGCAGAUAAGAAAGUUGGAACAAGUCCUAGAGGAGGAACUUGAACAGUUUGAGCACAUACUGAAAGCCAAGGAGGUGGAGUUGGCUGAUGAGAGGGAGAAAUGGGAGGAAGAGAAGCAGGAGAAGGACAAGCUCCUUCAUGUAACUCAUCGCCUGGAGGAGCAGAUAAAGGAGAAGGAGGAGGAGAUGAAAGCUGUCCUUGAGAAACAGGCCCUAGCUGUGGAAGAAGCCACCGAAAAACUCAAAGCGUCUCACCAACAGGAAAAAAAUGACCUGAUGGAGAAACAUCAGCAAGAGAUUUCUGAGUUAAACACCCACCUGGAGACCGAACUGUUGAAGCUUCGGGUCAGCAUGGAGGAAGAACAGAAGCGGCAGAUCAGCCUGAUCAAACAGGUAACUGAGCGUGAGCAUGAGAGAAUGAUGCAGGAGCUGACUGCCAAACACAACGAGGAGCUUGAUCAGCUGAGGACAGAGGUGUCCAUGGAGCUGAGGGAGAGCAUGGAAGUUGCCCACCAGGCAGAGCUGGAGCAGGCACAAGCCCAAAAGAUCCUGGAGCUCGAAGCCUUGCGUCUGAGCUUGACCACAGUCCACAUGUCACAGCUGGAGUGCUCUGAGAGAAACCCGGAACUGGAGCAGGAGUCUGCUCCUAGCAAAGCCCUGUCCUCGGUGCAGGACAGAUUUGCCCAGGAAAGCGCGCUCCUGCAGGCCCGGCAUCAGUCGGAUCUGGACCAAGUCAAACGGCAGAGCCAGGAGGAGCAGGAGAGACUGCAUGAGCUGCACCAACAACAGAUAAAUGAUUUGAAGCAGCAGUGGGAGGAUCGUCUUGCUCAGGAGAGAGCCUCCAUGGAAGAAAAGCAGACCACAGAGAUGCGGGCUGUAAGAGCGCAGUGGGAGACAGACGUGCAAAUGUCUCUCUCAGACACCCAAAACAAUCUCACCGCCACCCAGGCCGAGUUGACCAGAACCCGGGCCGCCCUCACUGAGACCACCGAAGCCUUGGCUGAAGCCCAUGCAGCUCGGUCUGGAUUGGAGUCAAAGUUGCUGGACUCCCAGACAAGACUGGAAGAACUCCAAACUUCCAGUAUGGAGCAGGCUCACAAACUUGAGGCGGAGCUAAAACAAGCCCUGGCUGAUGCAGGUGUCGACUCUCUGGAGGAGUUGGUAUGUAGUCACAAGACGGUUCUGCAGGAAAAAGAGCAUCAAGUACUCCACCUCCAGGAGAAAGAACAGCAACUGCAGCAAGAGAUUUUGCGCCUGGAGGAGGAGAAGGCACUGCUCAAGCAGAACUCUGAACAGGAAGUAGGUCAGCUGUGGACCCAGCUGGAGAGCAUGAGGACUAGUCGUCAAGAACUAGCAGAGCUCAAGGAGCAGCUGCUGACUCGAUCCUCUCGUGUUGAGGACCUCGAGCGCCUUAAGACGGAAUUUAAUGAACAAAAACGAGAAAUCAGAGAGCAGAAUGAGACUGAGCUGGAAAACCUGAGAAGGUAUUUUGAGAAGCGGUUGCAUGCAGCAGAAGAGAGCCACAAAGAAGAAAUUGCUUUGCUCCAACUCAAGCUAGUAGAAAGUGCCUUGGAGGAGUCUGUGCUUAAAACCGCAAAUGACAGCACUCUGGAUCAAGCAGAGGAGCAAAGAAAUUAUGCAUCUGAAAGUGUUAAACUGGAGAAAAACAAGGAAUUACUUGACGCUCUGAGGCUUCAGCUUGAGGAGAAACAUGCCAUGGAUCUCUCCACUCUGCAGUCAUCCCUGUCGCUCUCUUUUAAAGAAGAGCUGGAGCAGGUGCGUUCGGACCUCACUGAUCAUUACUAUGAAGAGCUGCAGAAGAUGAAGACCAGUCAUGCUCUGGAACUGGAGAAACUCACAGCCAAACUUUGCGACAGCCAUUUAUUAGAGCUUACACAUGUCCGGUUAGAAGCCGCACGACAGGUUGAGGUGGAGGUAGAACAGAGGAUGUGGUGUCUCACUGAGGAGCUCCAGACGAGGAUGAAGAUCAUCCACAUGCUGGAAAACAGGCUGACUCUAAAUAAAGAGCCUGAUGCUGAGAUGCAGCCUAACACUGAAAAGGUCGACUCUCUUGAGGAAAGUGUAAAUCGGGAAAGGAUGGCUAUGCAGGAAAGCAUAAAGAAGCUGAAAGAGGAGCUCAAACAGGAACAUGAUGGUGAGAUUUCUGCUUUGAGGGCAGACCUGGAGAGGGAGAGGGCACAUUUUGAAAAGGCGCUCCAAGAUGAGAAGGAGAAGUUAAAGGCUCUACAGGUUGUUCCGGACUGCAACCAAAGCCCGCAGGUCAUAAUGGUGAGACAGGAAUUGCAGGCUCAAUAUGACAACGAGCUGCAGACGGCAAAGAGCUGCAUGGCUGCUGAAAUCAAAGAGCUCACGGUUUUACUUCAGGAGCAGGGUGAGGACAGAGUGCGUCAAGCUCAAGAGAGGUUCCAAGAGGAAAGGGCAGUGUUGGAGCAGCAGUUGGCUGAGAAAUAUGAAGCAUCUGUGGCCGAGCUAAAGAACAAGCAUAAAGUGGAGCUUGAACAUGAAAGGACAACACUUGUGCAUGAGCACUCCCUGGAGAUGGACGCACUUGGUGCCAAACACAAAGCACAACUGGAUUCACUCAGUGCCAGUCACAGAGAUCAGCUUUCAGCAAUGGCUGCAGAGCUCGAGGCGAAGCACAACACCGAGUUUGUUGCCUUGGAAGCGGCCCUCAAUUACAAACGUCAGGAGGGCCUUCGAAGUCUGGAGGCCGUCUUUCAAGAGACCAGUCGGGCCCAGUUGGAGGCUUUAGAAGCAGAACUGUCUCGAAAACACCAGGAAGAGAAGGACGAACUGGAAAAGAGGAUGCUGGGGAACAUGGACACUUUGGAGGCCGCUUACCUUAAAGAAGUUCAAGCACUACGUGAUGAGAUGGGUCAGCUUGAGGAGAAGCAUCGGCAAGACAUUAUUUUCUUAAAUUCAGAGCACAAACGGCUAAUGGAGCAUCAUAGUGCAGAGCAGCUCUCCACCAGAGAAGAGCUGAGAAAAGAGCUGGCUCAGCUACACAUGGAGAAGUUUAAAGCCAUGGCAACAGAGCUCAGCCACGUUUUGGAACUGGAGCAGCACCACAGCUCUGCACUGCAAGAGCUCUCGCAAAGCUACACGGCUGAAAAGGAACAGCUCAUCAAACAGCACCAACUCCAACUUCAGGAGCUGAGGGGAACCUCUGCACGAGAGCUGGAGGCAUGCCGGAGAGAACUGGAGGAGGAGUCCUCAAGGCAACGGCAACACUACCAAGAAGAGGUGGAGCUCCUUAAAGUCCAAUCCGAAGAGCGGCUACAGGACAGGAUUAAUCAACUGAAGACGGAAUUUGAAGAACAGAAGGAGGCGGGGCUCGAAGACCUAAGGCGGAGCUUCAGAAUAGAACAACAGGAAAAGGAGCAGAGCUACACAGACAAAAUGAGUCAGCUCACUGCCCAACUGCAGCAGCUGGAUGCUGUGGUGGCCCAGUUGCGUGCUGAGGUUGGCUGUCUGCAGGGAGAGUUGCAAGGGAAGCGCGCAGAGAUGGAUACCCUGGACACCCUCCUUCAGCGAAGAGAGCGAGAGAGUCAAGAGGGGGGCAACCUUCUGAAGAUGCUCACUGAUGAUUUGCAGACUGCUAAAGAAGAAAAGUGCAAACUUCACCAUGCAAAUGAAAAGUUGGGUAAGGUACUGAUGGAGGUGCUGCGCAGUGUCAUAGCAACAGAAGAGCUGAUUGGGAAGAAGAUCAGUACCAGAACAUUGACAUCUGACCAUGUGACAUAUCAGAAGAGCACAGAUCCCCAAGAAUCAGGUAUUUUAGUUCCAGAUUUGUCAUCUGAUGACCUGGAGCUUACGCAUCUGCUCUGUGAAAGUCUGCUAGUUUCGGAUGCUCAGAUCAGUCCUGGAGGAGAAGAGUCUGCUCUGAAUGCUUGUGGGAGAUUACGUCACACGGUAGACACACUUCUGGAUCUGCUCAAUCAAGCAAAUGCACAGUUGGAACAGACUUGCAAUGUCCAUCUCUCUUUGGAGGAAAAGUUCUCACAAGGCAGAGAAGACUCUGCCCAGCUCCUUGAACAGCACAAAUUGGUAUUGGAGCAGCUUGAUCAGGAGGCCAAACACAAAAGUAAACUUGAGGUGGAGCUCCACAAAGCAGAAGGUCUUCUGGGCGGCUACAUUGCUGAAAAGGCAGUUCUGGAGGAGGCUCUGCAGCAAAAGGAGACCCGGGAGGAACGGCUAGUUGAGGAACUGGAAGAUCUGAAAGUGAAGCUACACCAGAUGCAGAGCCUCACCACAGAGCUGGACGGUCUCAGAGCGAAGCAUCAGGAGCUCAGUGAGGAGCACGCGGCUCUCCUGCACCAGAAGGAGCUUCUCUCUGCUGGACUAGGGGAGAGGGAGAAAGCUUUGCUGGCAGAGACGGAACGUUUGACCCAAGAUAGGCUGGAUUUGCAGCGGCAGGCAGAGAAAGACCACAAAUCUCUCUCACUGCGCCUCAGGACGCUGGAGAGGGACCUUGAGGAGCAGGAAACAAAGGGCCUGGAGACGGAGCUGCACAACAAAACCCACACUGAAGACCUCAACCAGCGUGUCCAAGCACUCGAGAAACAGCUGAAGCACGACAGGCAGUUUAUAGAAGAGCAGGCUGUGGAGCGGGAACAUGAGCGGGACGAGUUCCAGCAGGAAAUUCUCAGGCUUGAGGCUCAACUCAGACAGACGACUAAUGUGGACAACAAAGGGCAAAGGAUUGAGGACUUGUUACUGCAGGUGGAGAGUCUACAAACUAUUAUCAAAGAUAAAAUGGAGGACCACGCCUCUUUACUUGUUGCCCAUCAACAAGUCCAGCACGAUUUAGCUGAGCGUAAUGAGGAGAUAGACAAGCUAGCAGGGCGGAUCAGAGAAUUGGAACAGGCGCUGCUUAACAGUGCUGAAAGUGCAAGAAGUGUCAGCCAACUGGAGCAAGAGCUGCAAAGAGCAAAAUUGAAGGAACAGGAGCUCACACAGGAUAAGCUCGCACUAGAACAGCAGCAGCUGUCCAGCAGGCUUCAAAUCUCAGCUCUGCAGUCCAAACUGGAUGAGACCAAGCACUGUUACCAUGACAACACACGUGACCCCACCCAGGAGCUUAGGGAAGCUUUGGAUGCUGCUCAGCAGAAUUUACGUAGCAAAGAGCAAGAGGCCGAGGUGAUGCUUGGUCAGCUGGAGACCUUACAGAGAGACUUCAGCCUCAAAGAGGCUGAACUAAAACACCUCACACUUCAGCUGGAGUUACAGACAAAUAACAACACAAAACACGAGAAGGUGUCUGCUCUCACCAUACUCAAUGAGGAAAAAGAGGAGCACAUGCAGGUGGAGGAAGCUGUGGAGGAAAAUCUCCCGUCAGCUCUUCUUCAGGAGAAAAACCAGGAGAUCGACCAUCUUAAUUAUGAGAUCCAAAGACUGGAGCAGGAACUGGAGAAUGCUAAAGACUAUAAGGCUCUGGAUCUGGAGCUUGAGGAUUUGCGCUCUCAGGUGGAACAUCUUCAGUCUGAAAUCACAAGAGUGCGCCAUGACAAACAGGAAGAAGAGGAGCGCCUUCACGAGGUCAUCAGCACAUUGCAGGCAGAGCUCGCCACCUUGGGCCCCAACCUGCAUGAAGUCAGCGACUCUCAGGACGGUGACAGCAUUAACCCAUCGCCUGCUCCCAGCCCAGAGCCUCAACUGAAUGCUUUCCUGGAACCGGAACGAAGGGGAGAGCCGAACAGCUUGAAGCACGAGCUCAGCCUGUCUCAUUCGGCCGCCUCUCGCUCCAUUCGAUCUCGUCUCAAGACCCUAAAGACUCAACUUGAGAUGGCGGUGGCAGAGAAAGAGGGACUGGAGCGAUUAUUGCACACCCAGGAGGAAGAGUACAGAGGACAAGGAGAAGAGUUUGGAAAGAGGCUCAAAGCUGAGAGGGAAAAGUCUGAAGAAGUGCAAGGUCUCCUCAAUCUGAAGGAAGCUGAACUGGAAGAGAUCAAAGCCCAAGUAGAGGAGGAGCGGGAGAAGAGGAUACUAUCAGAAAAGGAGGGGCACCGUUGGAAAAUUGAAGCUGAAGAGGCUGGAGCCCUGCGUGAAGAGAAAGUCCAUCUCGACUCUCUGUUUUUGGAAUUGCAAAAGAAGGAAGAAAUGAGACGGAAAGAGAUCGAAACCUUAAAAUCUAAGGAGGAGGAUAUGAAAAUGGAAGUGGAGGUCCUCAGAGAGACCAGUCUCACUCUUGAGAGGCAAGUCCAGGAGAUCAGAGCGGAGAUGGUGGACAUGGAGGAGCUGGUUGCUGAGGGAAGAGAAAAGAUUAAAGCCCUUGAAACUGUGAAAGGAGAGCUUUAUGCUGAACUCGAGAUGCUGAGACGCAGAGAAGGACAGCUACAACAGGAGAUUGAACGGCUCAGACAGGAAGUGACAUCAGCCAAAGCCCUUAUCCAGGACCUGACUGCUAAGCUAAAUGAAAAAGAAAUUAAUCAAAAAGAGGUGCAAAAAGAAGUCUUGACCCAUGCAGAUGUGACCCUUGCUAAAGCAGAUGCUGCUUUGAGACAAAAGGAGGCUGAAUUUGCCAGGCUGAGGGCAGAUAAUCAGGCACUGACAGCAGAGCUAAUAGCAGUGAAACAAGAGCUGAGUACCAGUGCAGAAGGGGUUGAAAAACUUCAUCAGGAAGGACAGACCAAAGACCUUGCCCUCAUCGAUCUGGAGACUGACAAUCGGCAACUAAAGGUGGAGCUCCUUCAUCUUCAAGAGGACCUGGCUGUACAGGAGGAGGAACUAGCCUAUCAGCAAGAAGAGCUACAGCAACUUCACCAACGGUGCCAAAAACGGAACACACUUCCUCUCCACCAGGGAUAUCCACAGAAGGACAUUUCUCACAGAGCUUUUGAGGAUGUUGUGACCGUCUCUCAUGACGAAGCCUCUAUGAGCUCCCCAGAGGUCCUAAGGCGACAUGAGUGCCCUGAAGACAGAAUCGGCGAACGGUUCCACACCUCCGUUCUAGAUUCCCGUCUGUCUGAGCUCAGCGGUCUGAACAUCACUGGCGUUGACUCCACCGGGGUCAGAACCACUCCCAGGAUUAUAAUGGAGCCUCACCACUCCAAGACCGUCACCCCAGAGCCGGCCACACAGAGUACCCGCUCACCAGGGUCUUUAUCUGUGUCUGACAACUUCUCUGUGCUGGAUUCACUUGAUACUGACAAAGUGCGUGAGUUGGAAGGACUUGACCUAACAACGCCUUCAUCUCCACUUGGCUCCACCUCUUCCCUGUCAGCACAUGAAUGGGCCAGUGAUGGCUACGGCAGCAAUGUGAGCUCAGAACUGGGUGCGAGGCUCAGGCUGGAGCUGGAGCACACCGAAAGGCUGGACGCUCAGUUUAUUGAGUAUCUCCGCUGCCGGGGAAUGAACCCCACAGUUAACACAGACAGUGCUGCAGGCAGUAUGAGCUACAGUGAUGAUUUGCUGUCACCUGAGCUUCAAGGUCUGUUGAAAAAGGUGUAUCAAGAGAGCUGUAGAAUUCUCACUUUGAGCCAGCAUCGUGCAGCUCCUUCAACUCAACCUCAUGCUUCAAACCCGAGAACGCUCUCAAUUAGUCAGACACAGCAUCGCUCUGAAGAUGUGUGCACUUCCCUGGACCACAUGGAAAAGUCACCGUUGGCCAAUCCUCCCAUGAGCUGGCAGCAGGAGAAAAGGGCGCUGCAGGAAACUGUGAUAGCUCUGAGAGAACUCCUCUGUCGAAUGGCACAGAGACACACAGAACCUGAUUACACUGAUAACUGGCACCGGGCUCAGCUCCAGGCUGAUCACUUUGAAUCCCAACUGAAAGCAGAGUCGGAGGAGAGCCAGAAACAACUUAAAUAUGCUCAUGAUACUCUGCAAGAGCAAAAGAACAAAAUCCUGUCGCUCAGGCUGACUGUAGAGGAGGGUGAGGAAGCUGUGAGGAGGGAGCAGACUAGAGUCCAGGAGCUACAACGGGAACUGGACCAGGAGAGAGCCCUAAGUCUUCGUAAAGAUAAAGAAGAGGAGGAAAGGAGAGGGGCUGUCCAGGUAUCUUCUGAGAAACACAAGUCUGAGAUCAUUACUCUGAAAGGUCAAGUAGAGCAGGAGAAGGUGGCCUGCAGCAACCUCAAACAUGAGCUUCAGAUAGAACAGUCCCGCAGCAUGCUGCUAGAGAAACGCCUGGAAGACACCCAGAAGGUGCUGGAAGACGAACGCCAACUUCUCUCCCGCCAACAGGAGCUCAACUUGCAAGAAAAAAGUCGCUCCGAGUGCCUCCUGAAUGAAGCAGAGUCUCGCCUGGCUGAAAGUCAAACGCAACUUGCAGAUUCUCAACGAAAGCUUGACGAAGAGAGAGGCCGAUGGGCGAGGCAGGUGGAUGAGCUCAGCCGGAGAUCCGAGGCCGACGCUGCCAGAGACAGGAAGUUCAUCACAGACCUGCACGCCCAGCUAGAGCAGGAGCGAAGGAAAGGGGAGGAGCUGGCAGCCCUGAUGGACAACCUGAGGGCUGAUGUACUUCAAAGCAGGAGGAAAUGGGAAGAAGAGGCUCGGACGAGGAUGGAGGAGUUUCAGAGGGAGAUGGAGGUCGCCUCCAGGCACAGAGUUGAGCUGGAGACUCUACGAGAGCAAAGACGAGAAUGCGUCUCCUCUUUAGAGGCGGAGAGGGAGCAGUCCAGGCGCCUGGCGGCUGAACUGGCAGAGCUGAAAGAGAGAAUUAAGCUGCUGAAGGACAAGGAGAGGGAGAGGGAGGAGCAGUUGGAGAGGGAGAGGAGCAGGGAAAGGCAGCAGCAGAUGGAAAGGGAAAGGCGACAGGAAAGGACCAACUCCAAACUGAUGGAGCUGGAGUUACUGAGGAAGCAGGACCAGCAACGCGUGCAGGAGCUGCAGCGCACUUUGGCCGAGCUCGAAAGAGACGAGAGAGAGAUGGCUGCUCAGCGGCUGUCAGGACAAACCUCAGGACAGCAACAUAAAUCUGCCCUCACUCAGAAUUCCUACAGUCACUCUCCGGCCGUGGGGGUCCAGGCAGGCGGCUCACAGCAGCACCAACAGAUGCCAUCCAGGUCAUCAUCGGACCUGCUGGAGACCUUACUAAAGGAGAACUCUGAGUUGUCGGAGCGGAUGGCUUCUCUUGGUCAGGAGAGGGUCACGUACAAACACAGACUCGCCGUCCUGGAGCGACAGCUGCGGCGCACAGAGAAUGAGCUCGCUAAGGUUACCACGGAAUCCGAAAACAGACCCAUGAGUGAUCUGACCAACAGCGGCAGGCUACAGCGUUAUUAUGAACGCUACCUGCGUGCUGAGAGCUACCGGAAAGCUCUGGUGUUCCAGAAGCGUUACCUGCUGCUGCUGUUGGGAGGAUUCCAGGACUGUGAGCAGGCCACUCUGUGCCUCAUCGCUCAGAUGGGAGCACGACCCUCCCCACCUCUGUCAUCACAGCCCCGGCCCCUCGGACGAUUUAGGGCUGCUGUUAGAGCAGUCAUAGCAGUUUCAAGAAUGAGAUUCCUCACAAGGAAAUGGCAGAGAGCCAUCAGAAGAUUAUCGUUUUCUGGGACCGUCAAUGGACAUGCUCAUGUGCCAAAACCUGAUGUUUUAAGGCAGCAGCAGCCAAGGUCAAAUUCUGACUCUACACAGAGCAGAGGCAACCACACCGUCCAGAGAGACACCAUAUCAGCUCUCAUUCCACCCAGUAAAUCACCUUUCAGGCUGCACAACAGGUCACACUCCAGCACCACUCUGGCCUCCAUUCAUACAGGCGGGACAUCACAGGAUCCAGAACGAUCUCUCACAGAAUAUAUCCAUCAUCUAGAGAAGGUCCAGCAGCGUCUGGUGGGGGCCAGGCAAGCGCUGGCUGCAGGAGAACAGAACGUGGCUGUACCUGAGCUGCUUGUCACCCCUUUACCUGCACGGUCCAGGUUCGUCUGCCUCCCAAUCUGGCCCAAAGUCGUCCGACCACUGAAAAACUGAUUUAAAAAAAAAAAGAAAAAGUUUCCUCCAGAACCGUCCAUGCCUUAUACCCUCAAUGAGAAAUGACAGAAUAUCACACUUUUUUAAAUUGUGACUUUUAUGUGUAAAAAAAACAUAACUUAUUUUGUUUUCUAAUUCAAUUCCUUUGUAUAUUUAGUAUUUGGAAAGUCAUUCUUGUGAAACUUUAAGAACAAAUGUUUUUCAUAAUUUUUAGUGCUUUUAUUUUCCACAAAAACCUUUGGCUUUAUGUAAAUAGAGCUGAUGUUCACUGUAUAGGUGUCUAAAUGUGCACUGGUUUUAUAACGUAAAUCAAACUAGUGUUAUAUUCUUAAAACUGUUGUGAUUUUUGUAUUAUCUUUUUCCACAAAAUUAUUAAAGAUUUUACAUUUUAGAACAAAUCAAA